ACACGCCUCCCGCGUGAAACUAAAAAGCAAACAUCAUAAAAACAUACAAACAUAAUUCUUCUGGCCUCACUGCCGAUUUGUGAUGGAGAAGAAGCAGGCCAUUCAUGGAGAUGAUGGGCAUGAUUGUGUUCCUCCUAUCCAUAGCCAAGUCGUUAAGAUCAAGAAAGAGUUUGAGAAGAUACAACACCCGUCGCUAAGGCAGCCUGAGAUGCCAAGAGUGCUUCGAGAGAUCACGUUUCCACGGCGGUCCCGUUCUCCGCUCGGGUUAGGAGAAAGAGAGAGACCCAUCCCCGUUGGAAGCUGAUAACAAAGAGAUAUAAAGAGAGCGGGGAUAGGUUAUCUUCUUGUUUUUUUUUGGUUUCUCUUUUGUCUUGCAAUGUAAAUAUAUUUGGUUAAUGUGAUGAGUCUCUUUUCAAUAUCCUGAAACAACAAAUCUUUUGUUUAUCUUCUGAUCUA